AUGAGCAAAGUCAAAUAUGCCAUUUACAAGGACAACUACAAACUCAUAACUACAACAUUUCCUCAAAUCAGAUGGUCCUCAAACUACAAGGAACUGAUCUCCAAAGGGGAAAAAUUCAUCCACGAUACCAAAGUGACUACGGUUAUGUGGAGAAAGCCGCCAUAUCAAUGGGUAAAAAUUAACUCUGAUGGUAGUGCAUUAAAUAACCCAGGCAGAUUAGGAGCAGUAGACAUAAUCAGGGACCAAAAAGGAGAAAUGUUGUUAGCCUUUGCCACUCCCUUAGGGGAAGGAACCAACAACAAAGUAGAGCUCGAAGCAGCUAUUUUUGGGAUGACCUUGUCCCUUGAACUGGGUUACAAUAAAAUCAUUUUGGAGGUGGACUCUCAAUUUAUGGUUGAUUGGAUAAUGCACAAAGCUGAACCCCAUUGGAGCAUUAACACACAGAUGCUGAAGCUACAGGCACUCAUCAGGCAUACUCAUAAAUUUAAGUGUAAUCACACACUCAAAGAAGCUAACUUUGUGGCUGAUUCCCUUUCAAAACACAGUCACAAGAUCACUAGUCCACAACUCUACUUUAACAAUCAUCAAAUACCAAAAUAA